UCGAUCAUCAACGCAGAGUACUUCGACGUCACCAGGGCCCCGAUCGCGGACGCCAUCGUGCAGUGGAUCUUGUGCGGCUCGAUCUGGGCCGUCGCCCUGGGGACCCCCUGCACGCGCUGGAGCGCUGCUCGGCGAGGUGGCGAGAUGGCGGACUCGGCCGCGUCGGCCUCCGGUAUCGCCUGCGCCAAGUUCUCGUGUCGAGCUGUGCGGGCCUGCCUGGACGCUGGCGCUCAGUUCGUCAUCGAGAACCCUCGGUCGAGCCAUCUCUGGAGCUGGCCACCGCUGGAGAGCCUGCUUAGGCGUGCUGCUGCCGUUCGCGUGGAGCUGGACAUGUGCGCCUUCGGCGCAGCAUGGAAGAAGCCGACCCUGCUCGUGGGCAACCUGCAGGGCCUUGCGCGCGCGGAGGCCAGCCGCGGCGACGGCGCCGGCUCGCUGGCGGUGGAGGACGUCUUUCGCCUCGCCUUACCCUCCUCAGUUUUGCCGCCGCCUGGCGGGGGCGCUGUGGGAUGCCGCUCGGAGCACUUGGCAGCCUGCCUCGGCCAGAAGGUCAGUCACUUCGUCCAGGUGGAACCCCUCCCGACUGAGGCCAUGCUCGGGUGGGAGUCGGCAGACGGGCAUUGGGGCGGGCAGCCGCUCAAGUGGGAGCUGGGCGUCCUCGCUCAGCGCUAUCGUGACUGCUGCGCUGCCGUGGCCCGCUUCGCCCGUGCUGUUCCAGCCGUCGCCGACGUGGGGCAAUCGGACAAGCUCCUCGUCGAGUACAUGGAGUUCCUCUUCCUGGACGGCGCUGCAGUGAGCGCUGCCCGCUAUGCCCUCUACGGCGUGGCCUGGACAUUGGACUUUCCGAUCAAGCCCCCCAGCUGCUGUGCUCUUGCCAAGGCCACGCUGCGCGCUUUCUUUCGAAGAGCGCCAGAGAAGUCACGGGGCCCACCGUGCGAGGAGAUGCUCUGGCUGUUCGUCGAUUUCUUCAUCCAGCACGAGCUGCACCUCGUCGGGUUCUCCGCCGUGCUGGCCUGGGACUGCUACCUCUGGCCGUCCGAGGCGAUCGAGCUCCGCAAGGGGGAUCUGUGCCCGCCCGUGACGGGCGCCUCGAUCCAGAAGCGGAGCAUCACGGUGGCCCCCUCGGCCAGAGACAGGCCCGCCAAGAACCGGCAGGUCGACACGGGGGUGGUGGCUGCCUGGCAAGAUCGUCGCUGGAUGGAGCCCCUGCUCAAGAGUGUCUUCGAGCGGACGAAGCCAGGCGAGCUGCUGUUCAGAGGGCUCACGCUGGCUGCUGUCGAGAAGGCCUUCAACCAAGCCUCCGACCACCUAGGCUACAAG